CUGUACCUGUGCAACGCCAGUGAUGAUGACAACUUGGAGCCUGGAUUCAUCAGCAUCGUCAAGCUGGAGAGUCCUCGCCGGGCUCCUCGCCCCUGCCUGUCACUGGCCAGUAAGGCCCGCAUGGCUGGCGAGCGAGGGGCCAGCGCUGUACUCUUUGACAUCACUGAGGAUCGAUCAGCUGCGGAGCAGCUGCAGCAGCCCCUGGGGCUGACUUGGCCAGUGGUGCUGAUCUGGGGUAAUGAUGCCGAGAAGCUGAUGGAGUUUGUGUACAAGAAUCGGAAGGCCCAUGUGAGGAUUGAGCUGAAGGAGCCCCCAGCCUGGCCAGAUUAUGACGUGUGGAUCCUCCUGACUGUGGUGGGCACCAUCUUUGUUAUCAUCUUGGCUUCAGUGCUCCGCAUCAGAUGUCGGCCCCACCAUAGCAGACCGGACCCUCUUCAGCAACGGACAGCCUGGGCCAUCAGCCAGCUGGCCACUAGGAGGUACCAAGCCAGCUGUCGGCGGGCUCGAGCCGAGUGUCUAGACUCGGGGAGCAGCUGCAGCUCAGCCCCCAUGUGUGCCAUCUGCCUGGAGGAGUUCUCAGAGGGACAGGAGCUUCGGGUCAUCUCCUGCCACCAUGAGUUCCAUCGCACCUGUGUGGACCCCUGGCUACAGCAGCAUCGGACUUGCCCCCUCUGCAUGUUCAACAUCGUAGAGGGAGAUUCAUUUUCCCAGGCCCUGGGAGCCUCUCCAUCUUACCAGGAACCAGGCAGGAGACUCCACCUCAUUCGCCAGCAUCCUGGCCAUGCCCACUAUCAUCUCCCCUCUGCCUACCUGUUGGGCCCUUCCAGGAAUUCAGUGGCCCGGCCCCCAAGACCUAGACCCUUCCUACCCACCCAGGAGCCGAGUAUGGGCUCUCGGCAUCAGCGUCUCCCCAGGGCUGCACAUCUCCGGACACCAGCAGAACAGCGGCACCUAGCAGUAUCCCAGCACCCCUAUGCACGGGGCUGGGGGCUGAGCCACCUCCGAUGCACCUCUCAGCACCCCACAGCUUGCCCAGUGGCCUUACGCCGGGCCAGGCCUCACGACAGUAGCGGGUCUGGAGAAAGCUACUGUACAGAACGCAGCGGCUACUUGGCAGAUGGGCCAGCCAGUGACUCCAGCUCAGGACCCUGUCAUGGCUCUUCCAGUGACUCCGUGGUCAACUGCACAGACAUCAGCCUGCAGGGUAUCCAUGGUAGCAGCUCCACCUUCCGCAGCUCCCUGAGCAGUGACUUUGACCCCUUGGUAUACUGCAGCCCUGAAGGGGAUCUCAGAGGAAAAGGGAUGCCGCAGCCUACUGUGACCUCUCGACCCCGUUCCCUGGACUCAGUGGUGCCCACAGGGGAGACUCGGGUUUCCAGCCACGUCCACUAUCACCACCACCGCCACCACCACUAUAAAAAGCGGUUCCAGUGGCAUGGCAGGAAGCCUGGCCCAGAAACUGGGGUCCCUCAGUCCAGGCCUACUGCUUCUCAGACUCAGCUCCAGCCGGGGCCAUCAUUCUCGGACCAGAAGUUCACCACACCCAACCCAGCAGCUUCUUCAGUGCUCCCCAACACACAACGGCCCAGGUCCCUGACAGAGCUAGCUCCUGGCCCCAGCCCCAGCCCCAACUCCAACCCCAACAGUCUUUUGAACUUGCAGAAAUCCAGCCUCCCUGUCCGACACCCACAAAGAAAACGGCGGGGUGGCCCCUCAGAACCCUUGCCAACCUCUCAGCCCCAGGACUUGAGUGUGCACCCAGCUUGCCAGGUUUUCUCCCACUACAGCCCCAGUCUAGCAUCCCCUUGGCCUCCAGAGGCUCACCCAUUGAUCUUCAGGCCUCCAGGCCAGGAUAGGAGACUGCUACAUGAAGCCUCAGGCCCCUGUUACUCGAGUUCACAGCCAGUGUGGUUGUAUCUGCCCCCCCGCCAGCCUCUGGGACCAUGCUCUCCUGGAGAGGGGCAUUCCGAGUGGACUUCUGACAUGCCGGAGGGCAGACCAUGCCCUUAUCCACACUGCCAGGUGCCGCCAGCCCAGCCUGGCUCGGAGGAGGAGCUUGAGGAACUGUGCGAACAGGCUGUGUGAUGUGAGACAGCUCCAACCAAGAGUGUGCUCCAGAUGACUCAGGGUUCCACCCGGCACAGGGUUCUGCUCCUGGAGAAGCAAGGGCACUGGCGAGCAUCUCUUUUUGCCACACUUCCUAGGAGCACUGGAAGAAGAGUAGGAUGGUGGGUGGCGGGCGGGAGGUGCUGUUUCCUGCCCCCAGUUCUCAGUCUUUGUCUGCAGAACACACCGACUGUGCAGAAAGUCUUGUGUCCAGCCAGACCUCCAGCCACUAUACAGUUGUGAGGUGGGUCCCUAAAGGCUGAGUUUUUAGGGUGAAUGUCUAGGUGUCCUCAAGGUGCUGCUCUUUCCCAAGCCCAGAUGGGUCCCCUGCUGGGUCCCCAUUGCCCUGGGCAUCAGGUGCACACAAGCCACUUCUUGUCUCCUUUCAAGGCUUCCCGGGGGGCAACUCCAGCUUUGCGGUUUCCUUCUUCACAAAAGCACAAGGAGGUUAGGUGAGCCCCCGUCCCUAGGGAGGUCUCUGCGCCCUUUCUAGCCGGCGCCUGCCUUGGUGCUCAGGGGGGAUUGGUUCUUUCUCCUUGCUCUUCAACUGAUCUUCAGUUGCAGGCUUCGGUCCCAGAGGUGGGGCAAAACCUAGGAUGAAUCUUUUGAUUGUCAGACUCCUUGUCACUCCAGCAACUCCAGUCCCUCUGAGGUAGAGACCAGGAACAGAGAGAGUAACUCCUGGAGGCGGCUCGCCUGUCCCUAAAUCCCAAAGCAGGCAGAAAGAAAGCCCCACCAAACAUCUGGGCAGAGGGAGGAUGAGGUGAAGGCAGAGAGAGCAAGAUUACAGCUGAGCAAGGACAGACUUCUUCUCAGAGCCAAGCUGGAGAAGAAUAACAUGUGACCUCAUGGGUUUGCAGGGCCCAGAGGCCCACCUUCCCAGUCUAAGCCAUACAAACCCACAACCCAACAGAAGGUGUGCACAUGGAAUUGGAGCCAAAAGUUGGCCUGGGCAGCUUCUACCAAGUGGGCAAGGGCUGAGGGGCCUCCUGGCUGGCCCUUCAUCCCAGGGCAUCCUGACCAUUGUUAGCCCCUCAGGCAUUAUCCUUGCCUGGAAUGUGAAUGUGGGGGCAAAAUAGGCACCGGAUCCUACUCGGGGGAACCUUCUCUCCUCAAAGUCAGUGAGGAGACUGCACCCAGGCACCCACAUGGGUAUUUAUAUCUGAACCAGACAGAAAGAUGCUUGAAUCAGGCACUA